AUGGCUCCGGCCGUGGAGGGGUUCUGGGGCAGCCCGACCUCCACCCUAGACUGGUGCGAGGCCAACUAUGCCGUCAGCGACUACAUCGCCGAGUUCUGGAACACCAUCAGCAACUUGGCCAUGAUCCUGCCGCCCAUCUACGGCAUCUACGAGGUGUUGAGGCAGAAGUUCGAGCUUCGCUUCGCCAUCUGCUUUGUUCUUCUACUAGUGGUGGGACUCGGCUCCUGGGCGUUCCACAUGACACUGCUGUACGAGAUGCAGCUCUCCGACGAGCUGCCCAUGGUGUUCUGCAGCUGCUUCCUCCUAUACUGCCUGGCCGGCAUCCACGGCAUCCAGCAGAACCAGCACAUCAACUGGCUGUCGGUGGGCUUUUUCGUGUACUCGGCGCUGUUCUCGCUGUCGUACCUCUACUACCCGAACCCGCUGUUUCACCAGGUGAACUAUGGCGUAGCGUCUGUGGCCAUCACUCUGCUCGACAUCAAACUGCUGCGAACACAGAAGGACCGCACCGUGCGCCACCUGUUCUAUCUGGGUGUGAUGCUGUACGCGCUGGCGUUCGCGCUGUGGAACCUCGACAAUCACGGCUGCCAGUCACUAGUGCGUCUCCGCUCGACGCUGCCGCCGGUGCUGCGUCCGUUCACCCAGCUCCACGCGUGGUGGCACAUCUUCGCCGGCUACGCCACUUAUAUCCACAUAUUGUACUGCGUCAAGGCGAGGUACAACAUACUUCAGGAGAAAAGUCACAUCACUCUGGGCGCGAUGGGCUUCACAGUUCGACGACUGCCCACUCACGAGACGAAUGGACACGCCAAUGGACACAUCAAUGGCCGUACCGACAACUGCAACAACCACAAACACCUGGACUGA